AGCAUCACUACAAACCAAUCAAACACUAGAUUCCUGUAGAACCAGUGUUGAUGAGGACCAUGAGGUCAACCAAAGAACAUAAAAAGAAAAAGAGAAAAAGGACUAAAAUUAUCAUCAUCAUCCCAAACACAUGUACCAUAUUAUUUAAACCAGCCCUCACCGCACAAAAGAGAACCAAGAAAGAAAACAAGUUAAACAUGGCUUACAUAGCCACAGUUGGUGUUAACAGCAUGAGCAGUGGAGUCACCACUGUGGAUUGCCAGAAACAAGUGAGAUCAUGGAGGCUCCUACGUUCCCUCAUGGAACUUCUCAUCCCCACUUGCAACUGCACCUUCGUCGAAGAACAACAAGAACAAGACCAGUACCAAAAAAGGUGUCUCCAAAAGCACCAUAAUCCACAACAACUCAUGAUGUCUUCAACUUCAACCACAGUCACUGGCACCAUCUUCGGAUACCGUAGAGGAAAGGUAAGUUUUUGCAUCCAGGCUAAUGCUAACUCUAGCAACCCUAUUCUUCUGCUAGAGUUUUCAGUUCCCACAAGCGUUUUGGCUAAGGAAAUGAGAGGUGGGGCACUGAGAAUUGUGCUAGAGAGUGGCACCACAGGAGCAUGCAACAACAACAACAACAACAACAACCUUUUUUCCACGCCUUUGUGGAGCAUGUACUGCAAUGGGAGGAAAGUGGGGUAUGCAGUGAAACGUAGGCCUUCAAGUGGUGACUUUGAAGCACUGAGUUUGAUGCGUUGUGUUGCUGUGGGGACUGGUGUUAUGAACAGUUGCAAGGAGGAUGAGCUUAUGUACCUUAGAGCAAACUUUCAAAGGGUUCGUGGCUCAUCCAAUUGUGAGUCUUUCCAUUUGAUUGAUCCAGAAGGAAGCAUUGGUCAAGAGCUUAGUAUUUUCUUUUUCAGGCCUAGGUGAACUUUCUUAAGUUUAUUUAUUGUUAUGUAUAUAUUCAAAGUUGUUUCAACUUUCAUAUUACCCUCUUUUUGAGCCGGCCUGUCAGACCUGACAUGCAUGGCUUUAUCUUAUGCUAUGUAAGCAGAGUUUGAAGUGUACUCUUGUGGUUUUUUUUUUGUUGGUUGUGUUAGACAGGACAGAAUGUGACAAUUUAGGAGAGGGAGCCUCAAGCCUAUUAGUUAGUCUAUUGGCUUUUUUCCCCUCUCUUGUAGCAGAAAUUAAGAACUGUCUUUGUCUUUCCACCCAAUAAUACUUUUAAUAUAUUUUCCUUUUACCA